CGGAGCCGGCGAGUGCGCCCGGGAAGUCGGCCUGCGCGGCGUAGGGAUCCAGGCCCAGCUCGCCGGAGCUGGCCUUUGGGGGAGCCGCAGGAGGCUCGCGCGAGAGGGCCGGCCGGGCCAGGGCCCCGGGAGCUCGCAGAAUCCGGCCGCGCUCCCAGCCCGCCCGAAACCCAUGCUCCAGGGCUGGCCCGAGCUGCGGCUGGAGUGGGGGUCCGGCUCUGCAUGGCCCCGGCUGCUGCUAUGACUUCUUUGCCGCUCGGUGUCAAAGUGGAGGACUCCGCCUUCGGCAAGCCUGCAGGGGGAGGCGCUGGCCAAGCCCCCAGCGCUGCUGCGGCCACGGCGACCGCCAUGGGCACAGAUGAGGAGGGGGCCAAGCCCAAAGUGCCGGCUUCGCUCCUGCCCUUCAGCGUGGAGGCCCUCAUGGCUGAUCACAGGAAGCCCGGGGCCAAGGAGAGUGUCCUGGUGGCCUCCGAGGGGCCUCAGGCAGCGGGUGGCUCGUUGCAGCACUUGGGCACCCGGCCCGGGUCGCUGGGCGCCCCGGACGCGCCCUCCUCGCCGCGGCCUCUGGGCCAUUUCUCAGUCGGGGGACUCCUCAAGCUGCCAGAAGAUGCUCUGGUGAAGGCCGAGAGCCCCGAGAAGCCAGACCGGACCCCGUGGAUGCAGAGUCCCCGCUUCUCCCCGCCCCCAGCCAGCCCCCUAGGAAGACUGAGUCCCCCGGCCUGCACCCUACGCAAGCACAAGACCAACCGCAAGCCGAGGACGCCCUUCACCACCGCGCAGCUGCUGGCUCUGGAGCGCAAGUUCCGCCAGAAGCAGUAUCUGUCCAUCGCAGAGCGCGCCGAGUUCUCCAGCUCGCUCAGCCUCACCGAAACGCAGGUGAAGAUCUGGUUCCAGAACCGCCGCGCCAAGGCCAAGAGACUGCAGGAGGCCGAGCUGGAGAAGCUGAAGAUGGCCGCGAAGCCCAUGCUGCCGCCCGCCGCCUUCGGCCUCUCCUUCCCCCUCGGCGGCCCUGCCGCCGUAGCCGCGGCCGCCGGCGCCUCGCUCUACAGUGCCUCUGGUCCCUUCCAGCGCGCUGCGCUGCCCGUGGCGCCCGUGGGACUCUACACGGCCCACGUAGGUUACAGCAUGUACCACCUGACAUAGGUGGGUCCUGAAUCGCCUCUCUGUGGUGCCACUACCCCGCCCCCAGCCACCUCUUCUAGUAGCCGGAGUCCUUCCUAGGAAGCUCCGCUGCCCAACACCGCCUGCCCCUUCUCUUAAAACCCCCUGCUGCAAUUCCUCCGGGUCCUUCCUACUGUUCUCCAAGUCUCAUCCCAUCUGGGGGUGGGGGGAAAGUGGCUUUCGGAAGGGUUUGGAUUCUUCGAGAGAGAAUCUCGAUUUACACCCGCGAGUUAUAGAUGUGGAAAUUAAGGGCAAAGAGGCCAAGAGAUUUAUCCGUGGUCCCCGGCAGAAUUAGAGACGGGCUUGAAGGAGACUAGAGGCCAAAGGGACUAGAGGCCAUGACUCCAUCAGCUGCUUCCGGUCCUGGAACCAGGCAGGACUUGCGCAGAGAAAUUGCUGUUUGGUGCUUCGGGAACGUACACGGUCCUGUAGAAAGCAAGGAGCCCAGCUCCUUCCACAGUCAAACUCCAAGAGCUUUAGCCGCAAAGCAUUGCUCUGAGGGGGCAGGGCGCGUGCUGGUGCUUUACGAAGGUAGGUUGAAGAGAAUUUCCCAGGACCAGGCUAAAAAAAAGUAAGAAAAACAAAACCUGUUUCUAUUUAACAGUACAUUUUCGCGGCUCUCGAACAUCCCUUUUGAAGGGAUCGUGUGUACUAUGUAAUAUAUUGUAUAUUUGAAAUUUUAUUAUCAUUUAUAUUAUAGCUAUAUUUGUUAAAUAAAUUAAUUUUAAGCUACAAGA